CACGUAGCUUCGAAUUGAACAGUUUUAAGCAGUGAAUCAAAUCGGUUGUGCCAAAAAUGAAGCUGACUGUCGCUAUUUCCGUGCUUUGUGUUGCUUCCUUAGCUGUGGAAGCUGCAAGUUUACAAGCAUCGAAUGAGAAAAACAUUUAUUGCUAUUUUGAAAGUUGGACAAUAUACAGGCCGGGAAAUGGAAAAUUCGAUAUUGAAAACAUCGAUACUAGCCUUUGUACUCACAUUGCAUUUACCUUUUUGGGCGUUGAAGAGGACGGUAGCCUUAACAUUUUGGAUCCUUGGGAAUCCGACCCAGAUGGCCUUAAUGGAUUCCAACGUUUGGUAAACUUGAAAUCUCAGAAUUCGAAACUGAAAGUCUUAGCGUCUUUGGGAGGAUGGAAUGAAGGCUCUGAAAAGUAUUCUAAAGUGGUAGCAGACCCAACCAAGCGGGCUGUUCUGGUAAAUGCGGUGCUUAACUUCUUGGGCAAGUACGGCUUCGAUGGACUGGACUUUGACUGGGAAUAUCCAAGCAGAAGAGACAGUGAUGACCCAGAAGACAAACCAAAUUUCGUUUUGAUGCUUCGAGAACUUAAAACGGCCUUCAAGCCUUAUGGAUAUUUAUUGUCUGCUGCAGUCAACAGUGCCAAGAGGAACAUUGAUACUUCGUAUGAUGUCCCAGCUCUUUCAGAAAUUCUAGACUUUAUCAACGUAAUGGCCUAUGAUUUUCACGGUGCGUUUGAUGAUUAUGUUGGUCAUCACACUCUUCUGUACUCGAGUGAAAUCGAUGCUUUAUACAACAACUCAGACUGGAAUAUCGAUGACGGUGUGAAAUACUGGAUAUCAUCUGGUGCCGAUCCAGCCAAGAUGAACUUUGGAAUCGCCACAUACGCCAGAACAUUUACCUUGGCUGAUCCUUCUAACGCCUCCCUUUAUGCAAAUAUUACAGAAGGUGGUCUUGCUGGCCCUUACACGAGAAGCUUGGGAGUUUUAGGGUACAACGAGAUUUGCGAAACAUAUCCAAACGCUGAAGACAUUUGGGACGACGUGCAAAAAGUACCACAUUUAGUGAUUGGCGACCAAUGGAUCGGUUACGACAACGAAAAGUCAAUUGGUAUUAAAGUGGAUUAUGCUCUGGAGAAGAACUUAGGUGGUUUCAUGGUGUGGAGCUUUGAUACUGACGACUUCACUGGUUAUUGCGGCGAAGGGACUUACCCUCUUAUCAACAACAUUCACAGCCAUUUGAAAACUCGCGGUUACAAAAUGAAAGCUGAYAAUUAAGAGGAUUUGCUGGAAUGUUGAUGUAAUAAUUUAGGAGAAGUUGAUUACAGAACUGUCGGWUGAAUAAAGUUUA